AUGGCCAGAUAUGAUGGCACUGCGGGGAGUGCGCUUAGGGUUGUCAUGGGGCUUGUUAAUUCGUGUGACGAUUCAAAAGUGGCGUUUGAUGUGCUGAGGGAGGUUGUGGACGAGAAAAAGAGGCUGGCGGAUACCAACCUAGGGGAGUUAUUGAGCGCAGCCCUAGAGGAGCGGGAGAGGAAUGUGAAAGACACGCUGGAAGGGGCGGAAAGGCAGAUUGUAGUGCGAAGCGGCGAAGCUAGUGAGGGCGCGCUGGACUUCUGGGUGAGAUGGAAGGGGGACUUGGAAGUGGAGAUCGGGCGGGUUGAUGAGGAGAGGCAGAUAUUGGACAUGAGGUUGAAGGAAAUGCUGAGAGCGAGCAGGACGGGUUGA